UGCCCCCCCGUCGCCCCCGCGCUGCGCCCUGCCCUUUGCCCGCCGCCCCCCACGAUUUCCAGUCCCUGCGCUACAUCGACGGCAUCCCCAGCUCCUUCCAGUUCUUCCUGCCGCUCAGCGCCGGGGGGGCCCUGCACCUGCCCUCCUCCGCCUUCCUGCCCCCCCCCCAAAGACAAGCGCCUCUCCCCGGAGCUGCCCCUGCCCAAACAGCUCGUCUGCCGCUGGUCCAAGUGCAACCAGUUCUUCGACCUCCUGCAAGACCUCGUGGACCACGUCAACGACUUCCACGUCAAGCCCGAGAAGGACGCGGGGUACUGCUGCCACUGGGAGGGCUGCGCCCGCCACGGCCGGGGCUUCAACGCCAG